AUGACCAGUGUGUUGAAGACGAUGAAGAGCUCACCUGCAGCAGCAGCAGCAGCAGCCGAGAGCAGACCUCAUAUCCUCACACAGACUUUAUUUGACCGUCUGUCAGGGAGCUGUGCCUCCCUCAAUAUUGAUCUGAGAUACCUAAAGGUACAAGAGAGAAAGAAAGAGGGGGACGCGGAUAGAGACGAGGAGGGAGAGGAUGGGGUGGGGAGAGGAGAGGUGCAGGGGGGGUGCGUGUACGUGAGUGUGCGUGCGGGUGGAGAGAGAGUGAGUGAGAGAGAGAGGCAGAGUGGGGCAAGCAGCAGGCGGAGAGCGGAGAGCCUCAGAGCAGAGACAGACUCGGUCCCCGCAGCAUUCACCGGACUCCAAGAGAGCUACUGUCACCAGCUCUAG